UCCGCGGUGGCUGCUGCGGGCAGGAUUUCCGGCCCUGCCAGGCUGCCCAUUCCCUUGGGCAAAAACCCUUCUCCUAAGCAGGCCCUGGGCACAUUUUCUCUCUCUCUCAAAAAGUACCAAAAUUUGGACAUCCUCUGAUUUUUUAUUCUUUUAACACCCCCCCCCCCCACCCCAAUUUGGAUGAGAUGAAAGUGACGGUGUGUUUUGGCAAGACAGGGAUAGUGGUUCCCUGUAAGGAUGGACAGAUCCGGGUCAGAGACUUAACCCAGCAGGCUCUGCAGAGAUACUUAAGAACCAAAGAGAAGGAUCAUGCUUACUGGGUGGACAUUCACCAUCUGGAAUACACAGAUGGGGGAAUCCUGGACCCAGACGACAUUCUGGCAGAUGUUGUGGAAGACAAAGAUAAGCUGAUUGCUGUGUAUGAUGAACGAGAUCCACACCCGAAGCUUGAUGACGUAAAUGGUAGCCAGAUAGACCGAAACAGCCCGGAUGCUUUUGAGUCAGAGGUCGCUGCCCAGUUAGCUGCAUUUCAGCCAAUUGGAGGAGAGAUCGAAGUGACACCCUCUGCCUUGAAACUAGGAACACCCCUGUUAGUAAGGAGGAGCAGCGAUCCACCACUGGGCCCACCCCUUGACUUUCCUCCGGGAGCUUCGCAUGUCAGUGACCGUACUCUGAAGACUUCUAUGUCGGAUUCAACGUAUUCAUCCUCUGAAGACUGGGAUCUUGCUACACACAGCGAUGUGCUGACAUCUCAGAAAUCAAAGUUCACUUUCAGUAACAUUACAAGAAUGGUGGAGAUUUCUGGGGAAGGUGGCCCUUUGGGAAUUCAUGUGGUACCAUACUUCUCAUCAUUAAGUGGAAGGAUUCUAGGGCUCUUUAUCCGUGGCAUUGAGGAAAAUAGCCGGUCUAAGCGGGAUGGACUUUUCCAUGAUAAUGAAUGCAUUGUUAAGAUUAACAACACAGAGCUUGCCGAUAAGACCUUUGCACAAGCACAGGAUAUUUUCCGCCAAGCAAUGAAAUUGCCCAGUAUAGUCUUGGAAGUGGUUCCUCCGUACAACCGUGAACAGUAUGAAAAGUCCGUCAUCACUCCUUUAUAUUCUGCAGAUAAUGUUGAGCGUGUUUCAAAGGCAAAGAUUCCACCUCCCAUCCAUCCAAAGCCAACACCAGACAUGUGUGGAAUGAGCAAUCUGGAGACUGGUGUGCAGACAGUACUACAUGCUGCCAAAAGUCCCAAUCUUCCAAAACUCUGUAGAAAGCCAUCAUCACCAUCUUUGUCUCCACUGAUGGGUUUUGGCAGUAAGAAAAAUGCAAAGAAAAUAAGGAUAGACCUUAAGAAAGGCCCUGACGGCCUUGGUUUCACGGUGGUUACCAGGGACUCUUCAGUUCAUGGUCCUGGCCCAAUAUUUGUGAAGAAUAUUUUACCACGGGGUGCAGCAGUUAAAGACGGGCGUUUGCAGUCUGGAGACAGAAUACUGGAGGUGAAUGGUAGAGACAUCACUGGCAGAACCCAGGAGGAGUUGGUUGCUACCCUGAGGAGCACAAAGCAAGGAGAGCUGGUCUGCUUGGUGGUUGCUCGGCAAGAAGAAACCUUUCUGCCCCGAGAGCUGAAAGGAGAGCCCUACUGCAGUGUCCUUUCCGUGGAGACAACAGAGCAGUUGACUUUUGAGAUCCCCCUGAAUGACUCCGGUUCAGCUGGUCUUGGCGUGAGCUUAAAGGGUAACAAAUCUCGAGAGACAGGGGCUGACCUUGGGAUUUUCAUCAAAUCAAUCAUCCAUGGAGGUGCUGCUUAUAAGGAUGGCCGGUUGCGAACAAAUGACCAGCUUCUUGCAGUGAAUGGGGAGUCUUUGCUUGGCAAAUCCAACCAUGAAGCCAUGGAGACUCUGAGGCGGUCCAUGUCUAUGGAAGGAAACAUUCGGGGCAUGAUCCAGCUAGUGGUCCUGAGGAGACUGGAUAGGCAAGCUGAAGCGGAGCAUGCAGAGCCUGUGGUGCUAUUUCCAAAACUGGAACCGGAGGGAAGUGUUCAUUUCACAACCUUCCCAAGGCAUAGUGAUGCUGCUGUGCAGUGUUUUGUCCCGUGCAGCCCUCAGGAGAGGUUGAGAGAGCUUUGUACAUCUCAGCAGGGCCUGGCUGAAAAUGAAAUCCCACCUCCUUUGCCUCCUCAUCCCAGUGACGAUGAACUGCUCACAGAUUAUAAUCAUAGCUCAGUAGCAGAUUCAGUUGCAUAUUUACCAGAUCAGCACAUCCACUUCAGAUCACUGACACUGGCCAAGCAGACGGAAUCAAUUAAUCUGAAAGCCUCUAAGAGCAUGGAUCUUGUGGCAGAUGAAAGCAAAGUUAGCUUGCUGACGGGACAAAAAUUAGAAUCUCCUGGUAAAGAUAUUGGUCCCACCCUUGGUCUGAAGAAGUCGAGCUCCCUCGAGAGUCUACAGACGGCUGUUGCUGAAGUGAAGAAGAAUGAGCUUCCUUUCUACAGGCCCAGGCCUCACAUGGUCCGUGGCAGAGGCUGCAAUGAAAGCUUCAGGGCUGCCAUAGACAAGUCGUACGAUGGCCCUGAAGAUACAGCACAAGAUGGCCUUUCUGAUAAGAGCUCUCUUUCUGGUCAGGAAGCGCAGAACUUUGAACCAAUUUUUCAAAUGAACUCUGAAUUACAAGUGACAGAAGGCAAGGUAAAGAAACACAAGAGAAGCAAAGAAAAAUUGAAGAUAAAAGAAAAGAAUAAAAAAGUGAAUCCACAGAGCAAACCUAAAGAAAAGGACAAGAAAGAAGAGACUGAGGAUCCAGAAAGAAAAACAAAGAAGAAAAGUUUGGGUGCCAUGUUGAGGUUUGGCAAGAAAAAAGAGGAUAAAGGUGCAAAGGGCAAUCAGAAGGGAAAUUCAAAGCAUGGCCCACUCAAAGAAGAAGACCUAGAAAAGAUGAAGGAGGAACGAGAAAGGAUCGGCGCAAAACAUCAGGAGCUACGGCAGAAGCAGGCAAGAGACCUGAUUGAGUAUUCCACUGGUCCUGUAGGACCACCGCCAGAUAUGGAUGAUGAUGAGACAGAUCCAAACUACGCACGGGUGAAUCACUUCCGGGAAAGGUAUCCAACCAUCAGUACCUACAGGCCAUCUUCUCCACCUCUUCCAGAGAACCCUCCAGCGCCUGGGGAUAGGGAUCACUUGGAAGGACUGUAUGCAAGGAUAAACAAGCCACUUCAUCAACACGUUCCCAUGGAAAGUGACCACCCAACUGGCGGAACUGCAGACCGUAUCCUGAAGUUACGGAAGGAAUACCAUCAGGCAAGGCGGGAAGGCUUACCGUUCUAUGACGAAGAGGAAGGCAGAGGAAGGCCAGCUGAUUAUGAUCAACACUGGGUUCCUGGAAAAGGUCCAGAUGGGGCUUCACACCAUCCUCAGUUUGAAGGCAUGGAAAGACAAUAUGCCUCCUUGCCCAGGCACGGAUCUGUAGAACCAAUGGAGUACUUAACGGGGCUGCUGCGAGUAACAUACAAAGAGAGAGAUCUUCCUUACUAUCAAGAAGGCCAGCCUGCAGCCCAUCCCUCCCAAGGGAGCUACGCUCACCCCCAAGAUGGCCCCAGAGCAACAGAGUUAUGGUAUCCUCAGUAUUACCCACCACAGGCAGUCGCCCAGCACAAAGGACCCCUCCGCCAAGAUGUGCCACCGUCACCACCUCAGAGCCACAGAGCUCUGCCCUAUAACGAAAUGGGCAGAACAGGCCACCGUCGAACCACUCCUGAGCAAUACGCUUAUAGGCCUCAAGAUCCCAGGCAGAAAGACCCCAUGACCGCAGCUGUAUAGCCUCCAGCCGAACUCUUCUGGAUACCGUAGAAGUGGACUGUCAGCGUCGUAUUAGCUGCCCCUGCUGAGCUUUGCUUACUCAAGGAAGAGGUCCCUUAUCUCCAGCCAACACAUGCUGGAUAUAUUCUUAAACAUAGGGCAAGCUUAUUGGAAAAAAAAAAGAGAUACAUUGACUUUUAGGUAUUAUGGUGUAUCAAAGAUUUUUUAAAAUAUAUAUAUAUACACAUAUAUAUAUAUAUAAAAUAUACAACAAUUAUUUGGCCAUAGAAGAUGGUAGAUGAACAAUAAGAAAAAUAGAGCACACCUCUCAGCGCCACUCAGGGCUAUUUGCAACUAUUCAGGCACAUACGAGACGCCUGGGUUGGGGGGAUCCCUUCUGAAACUCUCCCUCGUUGUGCCUCUGUGACACAGCAGGCCUUUCCUUGCUAGGCUGUUCCUUGACCAGAGAAUUUGGGAUACAUUCCCCAGUCCUCCAAUUUGUUUACAAAAUGGCUUCAUUGUGUUGGGAAAUGCAUUCCAUUCAUGUUGCUUCCUAAAAUUUGUUUUUGUCAUCAUGUGGGAAAUACCACAUUUUCCUCUAAUCUUCUCAGGCAUCUUUUUUAAAUGGCCUGUGGGGAUGUUCAUUUUGUAUCCUAAAAUUUGUUUGUGUGUCCCAUGUUAAGAAAUCUUUCUCUUUUUCUAAACACGAAGUGUACAGAUGGAUAUACGGGGAAAACGGGGUACAUAGGGGGUUCUUAGAAAUAUCCUACAUGGCUGCAUUGUGAGAGCACCUAAAACGACACGCCAAAGAGCUCGAGGAAUAUGUUACCUCAUCUUCUGACUUCCUUACUGUGGGGUAUUUUAGCCCAUUUGGGGGGGGGGCAAGUGUGUGUUUUUGUGUCCUCAUAAAGAGAGCUGGUUCUCUGUUGGUAAUGUCCAAAGUGCCUGUUGGCAUAUCUGUUAAUAAUAGUAAGCUUAGUGGGUCAGCAAUUUUGGCUCUAUCCCUUGAGGGAGAAAAUUUGACCCCCACAGUGACCACGUCAGACUGCUGCAUGUGGAGAGCAGUCGCUGUGGAGCACCACUUGCCCGCAGCCUCCUUCGGGAAGCGGAAGGCCCCCUCCCGUCUCCUCAGAUGGCCCCCCCCCCCAUCCACUCACUGCUGGUCAAAGUUAUAAUAAUAGUACUUCAGUAUCGUCUUCUGCUGCUACUGUAGUUCCGCAAACUGCCACCUGAAAAAGCGGGUCUUUUUUGUCCGGGGGGGGAGGGGGGGCUUGUUGAACAUGAAGUGCCAAACUGUGGCCUGUUGUUGGCAGGAAUUCUGUAGGGCAACAGUUGGAGAUGAUGGGGGAAGGAGAGGUUUCUACUGCUUUUAAAACAGUGUGACAGUGUGGAUAAGGGAGAAUAGGUUGUUUUUAUUAAAAGAAACAUUGAUGAAGGGCUGUAGAAUGCAGGAAACGUAACUUCUGAUCUCUUAAAGUAUUCGCAGACAAGGAAAGCAGAGGCGGCCAAGGCCUGCUCAGCUGAGGUCUCAGUGCUGCUGGACUCCAGAGAAGAGAGUUUGGGUGGGAGGUCAGGGUGGAAGCACCUGAAGGGUGGUAAGAAGAAUGAGGAUCCUUGAGGCUUGGUCAGUUUUGUGAUUUGCUUCCCAGUCCAACGAGGAUUCUGAAACUUAGUUCAGCGAGGGAUUUCGAACAGCUCCAGCGUGUCCUGAAUUCCUCCAGCUCUGACUUUGGAUGCAUUUCAAGGCUCUUUCCGCUUCAGGCCUUUUCCUUUCAAGGGAGAGACCUUGGGCCUGGCCAGGAAAUGUAUUAGAGGAUCUGGUGGUUUUCUUUUGGUAUGCAGCAAAUUAACAGGAUUCAUUACACAGGUCAUCUCAUAAUUAUUAUAUAUCGCAGGAAGGGGUCGUCUACCAGGCACAGCCAUUUAUCAUUUACCCUUUUGAAAUGGCUUCAUUAUACCAAGAGGCCUCUAGAGACUUGCUGCAGUGAAUCUGUCAUGCACACAAAUUUGCAUUGCUGUGUUUCAAAGUGUCAGCUCUGGUGUCUGUGAAAGAUUCAGCAGCUCGGGAUGGACUCUCCAGGCUCAAAAUUGUGGUCCUGAGCGUUAGAAGCUGGCCUUUAACAGCCUCCGGUUACAAUUAGCAAGAUUUGAACCCAGGACUGCUUGCCGUAUCCAUCUCUGACUGGAAGUUAAUCUGACGUAUUCAGUAAGGAGAAAUGCUAAAGCAGCUAGAUGAAUAAUUUCUACAGGGAAGAGUCACCAUGCAGUGAAUUUUCACUGCAAUUCUUCCAUGAUAGCUGUUUCCUAAAAAAGUACCCGCAUCUGGUGAAACAGACUUACAGCUACAUAAUGCAAUGUCCAUUUCAAGGAACUGUUUUUCUGUUCCCUCGGUUUGUGUUGACAUCUGCCUUGGGAAAUAUAUUUGUAUAAAUGUCCCAGGGUCUCAUUCAUUCCCCAUUUAAAUGGGAACCUGCCCCCACUAGCUAGCUGCUGAAUGUUGGCCUGCCCUUCCUCCCAGAGGCUCCAGGUGGCAUGCAUCAUUCUCCUUUCCAUAGUUUAUCAUCAUAACAACCCUGAGAGAUGGGUUAGGCUGGCCCAGAAAGAACCACUUUUAAAGAAUUGGGUUCAGGUUCCCCAGACCCUGCUCAGGUUCCCUGCAGCUGCACAGCAACUGCGGGGAAUGGCUGUUAAAAAAUAAAGGCGAGCCUAAAGGGCCGCAGAAUCCCACCCAAAGGAAGGAAGUGCUCCUGUCUCCCCUCGAGCUGUUUUCCAAAACAGCAAGAGUGUGUGUGGGGGGGGUGUCUCUGUUUUUGCUGCUCCACAUGGACUAUUCUGUGCACACGGAGAAGUAAAAACAGGGAAAUAUCCUCCUGUUCCCCACUUUGCUAUUUUGAUACAAGGAAACAGCUUGGGAGGGGAGGCAGGAGCUCUUCCUUCCCCCGAGGUGGUAUUCUGAGGCCGUUUGGGCUCUUUAUCGUUAGCAGCCAUUCCCCACAGCUGCUGUGUGGCUGCAGGGUACUUGAAUUGGGUCUGGGGAAACCGGACUUAGCUCUUUAAAAACAAUCCAGCUUGAUGCUGAGUGGGGAUUCAAGCCCAGGUGUCCCAGAUUCUAGUUCCGCCUGCUAACCACUUUGAAAGAUUGCCUGUCUGUCACAGAUAAGAUAUAGUCACACUUUAAUGAAUAUUCUGCAGGCUUAGUGAAGUGUGAAUUAUGAGCUACUUUCUUUUUACACCUAGUGUAAGUAAGCUACUACUGAGAGGGAGGGAAAUGGUGGAUUGUGACUACUGGCAGAUACUACUCAGACAAGUCAAGGCGUCCUUUUCAUAUUGUCCCUUGAUGGAGGGGCAGGAUUAUCUUGUACUAUGAUGUGUGUAGCACAUUGUGAAGCAGGCUUUACUCUUUCCACCUUCAGUAGUGUUGCAGCUUAUGCCAGGCAUUACUCCACAGUAGAGAUGGGCACAAACCAAAAUAUGAACCAAAAUUCAUGACGAACCAGGCCGGUUUGUGGUUUGUGAACCAGUGGUUCGUCAGAUCCCACUUCUGAUGAACCGCGACGAACUUUAGGCUGGUUCAUUUGGUUCGUUUUUCAAUUCAUCACUGCAGACAGCCGGGUGCCGAUCAAUCAGUUUCCUAGGCAACAGGAGAUGGACUUCCUGCAGACCUUUUGCUGACCUGGAAGUGACCUUCUGCUGACACGGAAGUGGUGAUUUGCUGGCCCGGAAGUGACAUUUUCACAAACCAAAAAUAACCAAUUCUUGAACCGGGCCAUGUUUGUGAAAGUUCAUGGUUCAUGAAACGUGACAAACCAGAACCGCAUGGUUCAUUUUUUUUCUGGUUCGUGCCCAUCUCUAGUCCAUAGGUUUCCCACAGCUCCAUUGUUAUCCAUGUUGAACCACUAAUGCUAUCAUUUCAGGUCAACUUAAAUGCAGUCUAGAUCCAGUCACAAUGAAUUGUGCUCAAAAUUGACUGUGGCCAUCUUGCCCAGUCUAUAGCAAAAUUUAAUGUCUAAAUUCUUUCACUACAGUGUUACUUCACAGCACAGAUGUUGAUAUCAGACAGACUAGUCAAUAAGAUCAAAUCAAGGAGAAUUUGGAUCUGAAGCAGGAUGGAAAUUACAUUCACACACACACACACCUUUCUGUUCUAAUACCAUUCAAUUUCCAUUUUAAAACCCUGUAAGAUGGAGGAUCCUCAGAUGAAGAUUUGGUCACCAUAUCACUGGUACUGGUGACCAGCAAAACCUCUAGGUGGAACAAGCACUUUGCUUUUGUGUAAAUAUAACCGAAAGAAUACACUGGAUCCUUCUGUAGAAGAAAUGGUUGGUGGUGAAGGCCUUAUCUUAGCCUGAUCACAAUUAAUAGAAGCUUUGGAAGAUAAGCUC